AUGAAUGUAGUUUCCACUGUGUCGGUCCUUCCUCGUACUCCUACAGAUGUCAAUGGUCUGCUGAGCAUUAUAUUUGUAGGUCCUGGAAAAUUUGACCCUGCUAAAGUAGGCUCUGUGUUCCAUGUUCGCAAGCAGAUGAUUUGGCAGUUCUUCUUGUGGCUCAAACAUCAUAACAGAUUGUAUUCCAGUGUCACACUUGACUUGGAUAUUUUAUCUUUGUAUCCUGAGGGUGAUGUCCUCCCAGGACUGUGUGACUGUGUGGUAGAGGAUCACAAACUUGACCCAAUCACUGUCUUUGAACAGGAAACAGCAGGGUUUUCUGACCAUUCUGCAGCACUUUUGAAUUGUGGUGACAGUGAUACACAGUCGGUGAUGGUUGACCAUGCUAAUGAUGUCUCUGUAGUGAUGCUGGAAAAAAUGGGUGUCUCAGAUCCUAAGAGCGAUAAAAUUAGUGGGCACACUUUUACUGCCUGCAGCCCUCAGGAACUUGUAUUCGCGCUCUAG